GCGUGCCAACCGCCAAUAAAGAAGAAGAAGAGGUCGCUUUAGCUGUUGCUAAAUUAAACUGCUAACGUUGCUAACAGGUGGACGCUGGCAGGAAUAAUCUCAACAUGGCCACACCAGUGUCUGUGCUACGCCUACCAAAAGGUCCUGACCCAAACAGUCGUGGGUUUGACCCGAGUUCUCCUCGUUUCAUCGCUCUCUGCCGCACAUCCAUUCCUACUUCGGCCGGAGCAGAUACCGAGCAGCUGCUGGAGGAACAACAUGCACGCUCUGUGCUUAGAGAGCGUUUCCUGCGCUGUCUGCUUGCCAUGAGUAACAAGAAAGUUCACUUUCGCAUGCACGAGAAGGUAAACGUCGAGGCCACAUUUGGGGCGUCGGACAUUGACGUUCUGAACUUUCAAGUGUCUGAUCUGCACACUCCCAUCGGGGUACAGAAAGAAGCCCUCAUCAGAUGUCAUGAUGUAAUUUCAUUAACAUUUGAAGUAUGACACUGGGUCUAAUUUCAAUCAGAAGCACUUUACUGUCUCUGGUUUGAUUCUGUGAAAACUCCUUCAAAGUGUUUUUUUUUGUCUGUUUUUGUUUUUUCUCUCUACCGAGGUUGGUAUUGAUGCCAUAUGUUUCUUUUAAAACUCUGAGUCUGAUUAAAACAUUGUGACCUACAGAUUCACAUCUUUCAUUUACAAACGGUUUGUUUCACCACAAGAGGGAGCCAUUUAUUUUUCAUUGAUGGCCUGGGUAGUAGAUUAGUAUAAAGAUUAGUAUACGGUAAAUGUCUUUAUAUUGUGACAACUGUUAUAUUUGUGCUGACAGACAGUUUUGUCAGAUUAACUGACAUUUUGAUUGGAAACCAGGCUGGAAGUAGUCAUUGUUUAGGGUGUUGCUUAAUGAAAAAUUGAUUAAAUUGGUGGCAUAACAGCUUGUUUUUUGCAGUACAA